AUGUUACAUGAAUUGUAUGCCCCGCAAGAUACCGAAGCGGUCGCAUGGAGUCGUCAGAAGAAAACGGUGUUCCUUCGCCUCUUCUCAGACAUGCAAAAGGGGGUGCAGCCGCCGCGUGUGAUUCUUCUCUAUGGCCCAACAGGAUGUGGAAAACUCUCUGCUGUGCAAACUCUAUUAUGUGAGCAGCGAGAUGCUUGUGGACUUCCACCGUUACUGCAAGUCCUUCACACUAGUGAAAUUACACAUCAACAGUAUUAUCAGUUUCUCAUGGAUACGUUCACUGUUCAUGAGGGGAUAGAUUCUAGUGGGUGGGGUUCAUCAACUCCUAUGAACUCUUCAGAUAAUUUAAAUACAUCUAAUGAAAUAAAUCCCAAUGGAAAGAAAAAAUCACAAUAUCAAGAAGGAAGAGUAGUGGUUCGUGUAGUGAAAUAUUAUGGUGAAGCUCCAAUGUCACACUUACAUACACUGACACUUCGUUUUCUUGACCACUACGAUACAUGGAGACGAGUUUAUACUGCUGCUAAUACUACUAACAAUAGUAAUAGUAAUAGUAAUAAUAAUAGUAAUAGUUCUUCUUCUUAUUCGACUACUAUCAGAAACUCCAAUGAUACAAGUACGGGAAUGAUAGGAAAUUUAUCUCUUCUUCGUCGUCAUUUUGUGAUAUUUAUAGCUACCACGCAUGAUACCCAUAGUGAUAAAGUGGCACUUUCAAAAUCAUUUCCCACGCGUGUUCUUCUUCAUCCCUCUCUUCAGACAUUUCAUUGCACACCCAUCACAACACGUAAUAUGUCAACUCGUAUUAAAGAAAUAUUAAAAAUGGAAAUGCGAAGACGUUCUUUAUUAUUUAAUUUAGAAAGUUUUGUUUCUGAUGAAGAUAUACAAUUUCUUUGCGAAAAUAGUCAUGGGGAUAUACGUCAUGCUUUACUUCAAUUAGAAUGGUAUCUAUUAGGUCGAAAAGAAUUACGAAAAGACUCUAAAUAUCUCUCAUCUGGAUAUAAACCCAAACAAAAGAAAAGUAAAAUAUCACAGAAAGUAAAAAAUGUGAUAGAUAUACUUGAUGAGGGAGAAAGUUUGAGUAGUAUGGAAUGUAUGUCUGAAUCCUCAUUAAGUAUUAAAGUGGAUGCCGAUAAGAAUGAAGGAGAAAAUAUAUCUAUGAUAUUUAGAGAUGAAUAUCUUGAUGUAGCUCAUGCAACCGCACGUAUUCUUUCACAGAAAUAUACCAUGUCUACAGUUGCAGAGGAAUUAAAUGUGGAACCUGAAAAAUUGCUGGGUUAUUUAACAAACAAUAUGCCUGCUUAUUUCCAUUCAGAUCAAAUACAGGAAUAUGCGGCAUGUGCGGCGGCUGCAAGUUCAGCAGAUGCUUUACGUGCUUCCGGUACAUUUAAUAAAUGGAGACGUGCUGGUGGGGAACUCCACACUAAUCGAGUGACAAACUCAGAUGAAAAUGAGGGAGCGGGGGCUAUUGGAAUGGAUCUUCUCUCACUUGUUCUCUUCACCACAAGUUAUGUUGUUUAUCAUAAAGAAGUUCAUACACCACACUCUUUUAUAGCUCAACGGCCACCACCAUAUCAUCCCUCGGCGUAUCCACGUUUACGAGAAUUAACAAGACAGGUGCGAAAACGGUUAAGGAAUACUUGGAAUGAUUAUUAUUGUUAUUAUGAUAAUAGUGUGGAUCAUACUAAUUACUAUGAUGUAUUUAGUAAGAAUAAAAUUGGAGACUCAGAAGGGAUACUUGCACCGGAAUUACUUUCAACUGAACAAAGUUGGCGUCAAGACUUCUUAAGGCGAUUACAAUUACAUGCUUCAGAUGGUAGUAAGUUGAGUGGUAUGGAAGUUGAUAUUAUUCGAGAAAGUCUUCCAUCGCUUAUGAAUGGAUGUAGUGCUUUAGAUACAGUUCUACUGGAGUAUCUCCCGUAUGCAAGGCAUAUCGUACUGGAUCGUCCUUUACGUGUUAUCAAGAAAGAAAAAGUUAUGACAUCAAAUACUUCUUCUUCUUCUUUUGUUUCUACUCCUACUACUACUACCAUUACUACUACUGCUAAUACUUCUAUCUCCUUGCCUACCAAAGGGUUUGUAAAGAAAACUACAUUUGAUAUGACUGGUCCGAAGAGGACGUUAUUUUCGUUUUCCAAGACAGAAAAAAGAGAAAAACCGGUAAAACGGAUAUGUUCUCUGCUGCGGUAUAAUAUACUUUGUUGCGGUUUACCAGAGAAACCUCCUGUGCGUGGGGAUUACUUUAUACUUGCGACUGAUAAUGAAGAUGAUGAAUAUGAUCAAGUUGAUGACAGCAGAGCAGGGUCUGCUAAUGUUAAUGCUUUCCCAAACGCAUCUCCGUCAAUGUUACCGGAUGGAGAAGAUAUUGAAGAAUACAGCGAUUGA